CCUCGGCCACGGGACCCAAAAAUUCGUUUUCAUUCCCAGACUUAUUGGUCUGUUAUUCAGAGGGGUUCCCAAUAUAUAUGGUAUAUAUUCUGAUGAUCCACAGUGAAGUACAGUUGUUGAAACUUGGAACUUAGAAGCCUCUGCUUCGUAUUCUCUCUCUCUCUCUGCAGCGCCCAUGGCGAAGAAGUACGUGAGAGAGAAUGUACCGCUUUCUAGAUUUGGCGUAUUGGUGGCGCAGUUGGAGUCCAUUGUCGCCUCCUCAUCUCAGCAGCCUCCCGACGCUCUUCUCUGCUUCGAUCUCCUCUCAGAUCUCAUCUCCGCCAUCGACGAAGAACCUAAGGAAUCUAUCCUGCUGUGGCAAAGGAAAUGUGAGGAUGCGCUUUAUUCUCUGCUUAUUCUCGGUGCUCGAAGGCCAGUGCGGCAUUUGGCAUCAGUGGCAAUGGCGAGGAUUAUUUCAAAGGGAGACACGAUUUCAAUAUACUCAAGAGCGAGCACCCUCCAGGGGUUUCUCUCUGAUGGAAAGAGAAGCGAGCCUCAGCGCCUUGCAGGUGCUGCACAGUGCUUGGGAGAAUUAUAUCGCCUUUUUGGUAGAAGGAUCACUUCGGGUUUACUUGAAACGACUAUUAUUGCAACAAAACUUAUGAAGUUUCAUGAGGAGUUUGUAAGACUAGAAGCUCUACAUAUGCUUCAGAAUGCAUUGGAAGGCUCAGGUGGUAGUGCCGCUUCUUCAGCAUAUUCUGAGGCUUUCCGUCUCAUCAUGCGGUUUGCUGUUGGUGAUAAAUCAUUUAUUGUUAGAAUAGCUGCUGCAAGGUGUCUGAGGGCAUUUGCCAACAUUGGUGGACCUGGUUUAGGAGCUGGAGAAUUUGACAAUUCUGCCUCUUAUUGUGUCAAGGUUCUUGAUGAUCCUGUUUCAUCUGUCCGGGAUGCCUUUGCUGAAGCUUUGGGUGCAUUGGUUGCUCUUGGAAUGAAUCCUGAGGCACAGGUGCAACCAAAAGGAAAAGGUCAUGUUACUCCAACAAAAAAACUUGAAGGUGGUUUGCAGAGAUACUUAGUUUUGCCUUUUGUGAAAGCCAGUGGAGUUCGGUUGAAGAACAUCCGAAUUGGCCUAACCUUUUCGUGGGUAUUUUUUUUACAGGCCAUUCGUCUGAAGUAUUUGCAUCCAGAUAGUGAGCUUCAAAAUUUCGCUUUGCAGAUCAUGGACAUGCUUCGAGCUGAUAGUUCUGUUGAUGCACAAGCACUGGCGUGUGUUCUCUAUAUUCUUCGAGUUGGUGUGACGGAUCAGAUGACAGAACCCACUCAAAGGAGUUUUUUAGUUCUUCUUGGGAAGCAGCUUCAAUCUCCUGAUCUUAGUCCUUUCAUGGCAGUUGCUGCUUUGCGUACUUUGUCAUAUACUCUGAAAACACUGGGAGAGGUCCCACUGGAAUUCAAGGAAGUUCUUGAUAAUACAGUUGUUGCAGCAAUGUCUCAUUCUUCACAGCUUGUACGCAUCGAGGCUGCUUUGACACUGCGGGCAUUGGCUGAGGUUGAUCCCACCUGUGUUGGUGGUUUGGUUUCUUAUGGGGUGACAACACUAAAUGCCUUAAGAGAAAAUGUUUCAUUUGAAAAGGGAAGCAAUCUGAGAGUUGAGCUUGAUUCUUUGCAUGGACAAGCUGCUGUUUUAGCAGCUUUGGUAUCCAUUUCGCCAAAGUUACCUCUUGGCUAUCCAGCCAGAUUGCCUAGAUCAGUGCUUGAAGUUUCAAAAAAAAUGCUGUUGGAAUCUAGUCGGAAUCCUGUGGCAGCCACUGUUGAAAAAGAAGCUGGAUGGUUACUUCUAUCAUCAUUAUUAGCUUCUAUGCCAAAGGAGGAGCUUGAAGAUGAGGUUUUUGAUAUUCUUUCCUUGUGGGCUUCUCUAUUUAGUGGAAAUCCAGAACAUCAAAUUAUGCGAACUGGAGAUUUGAGUUCCAGCAUAUGUGUAUGGUCUGCUGCAGUUGAUGCGCUUACUGCAUUUGUAAAAUGCUUUGUUCCAUCCAACACUCUGAACAAUGGUAUUUUACUUCAGCCAGUGCUACUAUACCUCAGUAGGGCUUUAUCCUAUAUAUCAUUCCUAGCAGCCAAAGAACUCCCAAAUGUGAAGCCUGAACUGGAUAUAUUCAUUAUCAGAACAUUAAUAGCUUAUCAGUCUCUUCCUGAUCCAAUGGCAUAUACAAGUGAACAUGCUCAGAUUCUUCAAUUAUGUACAACUCCAUUUAGGGAUGCUUCUGGAUGUGCAGAAAGCUCAUGCUUGAGGUUGCUGCUUGACAAUAGAGACGCAUGGUUGGGUCCUUGGACUCCUGGAAGGGAUUGGUUUGAAGAUGAACUUCGUGCUUUUCAAGGUGGAAAAGAUGGCCUUGUGCCUUGUGUUUGGGAGAGUGAAGUUUCUAGUUUUCCUCAGCCGGACACUAUAAGGAACUUGUUGGUGAACCAGAUGCUCCUCUGCUUUGGAAUCAUGUUUGCUUCUCAGGACAAUGGUGGGAUGAUGUCACUUCUUGGCAUGCUUGAACAGUGUCUAAAAACUGGAAAAAAGCAACUAUGGCAUGCAGCCAGUGUCACGAACAUAUGUGUGGGGUUACUUGCUGGAUUAAAGGCUUUGCUUGCAUUACGCUCCCAUGGAUUAGGAUUGGAGAUAUUAAAUUCAGCACAGGCUAUCUUUCAGAAUAUUCUGGCAGAAGGAGACAUUUGUGCAUCACAACGUAGAGCAUCAUCAGAAGGUCUUGGUCUUUUAGCUCGUCUUGGAAAUGAUAUGUUUACUGCAAGAAUGACAAGAUCGCUACUUGGUGAUCUAACUGGAGCAACUGAUUCAAACUAUGCUGGAUCAAUUGCUGUUGCGCUUGGUUGUAUUCAUAGAAGUGCAGGAGGAAUGGCGUUGUCAACUUUAGUACCUGCAACUGUCAGCUCCAUAUCUUCACUGGCAAAAAGUGCAAUAUCUAGUUUAAAGAUAUGGUCUUUGCAUGGGCUUCUUUUGACCAUUGAAGCUGCUGGUUUGUCCUAUGUAUCUCAUGUUCAGGCAACACUUGGCCUUGCUAUGGACAUUCUUUUGUCUGAGGAGAAUGUGUGGAUUGAUCUUCAGCAGGGUGUGGGCCGCCUUAUAAAUGCUAUUGUUGCUGUUCUUGGUCCUGAACUUGCACCAGGCAGUAUUUUCUUUUCACGCUGCAAGUCUGUGAUCGCAGAGAUAAGCUCCUGGCAAGAAACAUCGACUCUUCUUGAGAGUGUUCGCUUUACCCAGCAACUUGUUCUUUUUGCUCCACAAGCUGUUUCUGUUCACUCCCAUGUGCAAACUCUUCUCCCGACGCUGUCCUCAAGACAGCCAACUCUAAGGCAUCGGGCUGUCUCCACUAUACGGCACCUAAUAGAAAAGGACCCAGUUUCCGUUAUUGAUGAACAAAUAGAAGAUAACUUGUUUCAUAUGCUGGAUGAAGAAACUGAUUCUGAGAUUGGGAAUUUGGCGCGUAACACAAUUAUGCGAUUGCUUUAUGCAUCAUGUCCUUUGCGACCAUCCCAUUGGAUAUCAAUAUGUCGUAACAUGGUUCUUGCUACGUCAACAGGAAGAAAUGCUGGGAUGAGUAGCAAUGUGGACCAUGAUCCUUCAAAUGGUGUAGAAGGUGAAGCCACGCUGAAUUUUGGAGAUGAUGAUGAAAACAUGGUUUCCAGCUCUAAAGGGAUGGCAAUAGAUGCUUACACUGUUAGCCCGAAUAGAGAUAAGCUUCUCAGAUACCGAACAAGACUUUUUGCUGCUGAGUGUUUGAGUUGCCUACCUGUAGCUGUAGGAACAAAUCCUUCACAUUUUGAUCUAUCAUUGGCAAGGAGACAACGUGUUACUGGACAGGGUUCCUCUGAUUGGCUAGUCCUCCACAUACAAGAGCUAAUAUCACUUGCUUAUCAGAUAAGCACAAUCCAGUUUGAGAGCAUGCAGCCAAUUGGUGUGGGACUUCUUUGUAGCAUUGUGGAGAAGUUUGAAAUGACAUCAGACCCUGAGCUUCCUGGACAUCUUCUGCUGGAACAGUAUCAGGCCCAGUUAGUAUCUGCUGUUCGCAUUGCCUUGGAUACAUCCUCUGGGCCUAUUCUUUUGGAGGCAGGCUUGAAACUGGCUACUAAGAUGCUGACAAGCGGAAUUAUUAGUGGGGAUCAAGUUGCAGUUAAGCGCAUCUUUUCAUUGAUUUCACGCCCACUGGAUGACUUCAAGGACCUUUAUUAUCCUUCGUUUGCAGAAUGGGUAUCAUGUCAGAUACAAAUAAGGCUUCUUGCUGCUCAUGCCUCUCUCAAAUGUUAUACAUAUGCAUUCCUGAGGAGGCACCACACUGGGGUCCCAGAUGAGUAUCUAGCACUGCUACCAUUGUUUGCAAAAAGUUCUAGAAUUCUUGGAAAGUACUGGAUUUGGAUUCUGAAGGACUACAGUUACAUCUGCUUCCGGUUGCAUCUUAAGAGAAAUUGGAAACCUUUCCUUGAUGGGAUCCAAUCACCUUUCGUUUCAUCAAAGUUGCACCCAUGUUUAGAUGAAACCUGGCCUGUAAUUUUACAAGCACUGGCACUGGAUGCAGUUCCUAUGAAUCUUGAUAUAAGUGGAACCAAACAAGCCAUUGAAAAUGAAUCAGCAAAUGCCACAGUAUCUGGGUACAGCAUGGUUGAAUUAGAGCCGGAAGAAUUUCGGUUUUUAUGGGGCUUUGCACUACUGGUUCUAUUUCAAGGACAACAACCUAGCCCUGGUAAACAAAUAAUACCACUGGGUUCUGCGAAGGCUAAACCGAGUGGCGAUUCACCAGUUGAAGAAACGAAUCCUCUGGGUUUGAAGUUGUAUGAGAUUGUGUUGCCAGUGUUCCAGUUUCUGGCAAUGGAAAGGUUUUUCAGUAUGGGAUUUCUUACCAUUGAUAUUUGCCAAGAACUGUUGCAGGUUUUCUCAUAUUCCAUUCAGAUGGAACAAUCAUGGAUAAGUCUUGCGAUAUCUGUUUUAUCACAGAUUGUGCAGAACUGCCCUGAAGAUUUUCUUGAAACAGAGAAUUUUGCCUACUCGGCAAUGGAACUUUGUUCAGCCUACCUUUUUAGAGUCUUUCAGAGUGCUGAUGCAAUUUCACCAGAUCAAUCAAACUGGGAAGACUUGAUUUCUCCAUUAUUUAUGACUGUGAAAACACUAUUGGGACACUUUGAACCUAAGAAGCAAUUAAAAUCAGUGUUGGCCUUUUUGUUGAUUGGUUAUAAGUGCAUCAGGGCAGCUUCAACUGAGUCAAGCUGCUCAAAAGUUCAUGAUUUUGUGCAGUAUGCCUGUUCUUUAUUCAAGAAACAUGUUGAUGAUAAGUCCAAACUUGGUGAUGAUUUUGUUCUCCAUUUGAAGACAAUUCUUCAAGCAUGUCUGAAAGAGGUUGCAAAGUUGACUAGGGACUGUGUCGAGGCCAUUCAUCUAGUUGAGAAAAAAAGGUCCAACUUACAUAAAAUGCUGCAAAUGAAGCUGGCAUUCUCUCUUGAGCAAAUAUAUUUAUUUGCCAAGCAGGCUCAUGAAAUUGAAUGUCUCAGAGAGAAUGAAGAUAGUAACCCCUAUUUCACUUUGCUAAAACAUUGCAUGGAAUGUUUCCAAGCUGUUCUCACGGAUUUCAAUAUACAGGUUCAAUUAAUUGGGAUGCAAGUUUUAAAAAGCAUCAUACAGAGAGGCACCAAUUUGGAAAGCAACUCCUUCCUAGUAUUCUUUGCUGGGGAGCUUUUUGUAGUUCUCUUCACUACAAUCCAGAAUACAUUGAAGAAACCCAUAACCAGGGAAUCAGUGGCUGUUGCUGGUGAGUGCUUGAGAAUCUUAUUGCUUCUGCAAACACUGUCCAAAUCCAGUGAGUGUCAGCGAGGUCUUAUUCAUCUGCUUCUGGAGGCCAUUGUCAUGAUUUUUUCAGCAUCAGAGGAUGGUCCUUCUGUGGAGGUCAAUGAUAUAAGAAGCACUGCCAUAAGGCUUGUUUCUCAUCUUGCUCAAAUGCCUUCCUCAGUAGUUCACUUCAGGGAUCUCUUGUUAGCAAUGCCUUUGACUCACAGGCAGCAACUUCAGGGUAUUAUACGUGCUUCUGUAACACAAGAUCACAGUUCAAUACAGAUGAAGCCCCCAACCCCAUCUCUAGAGAUUAAGUUACCAAUGCAAACAGAAGGACAGAGAGAGAAAGCUUCCCUACAAGUGCAAACAGAGGAAAGUAGAGAGAAAGUGUCCCCACAACCAUCCACCCCAGUGCAUUCUGAUGUGAACAGCGAGGAAGAGGAUGAAGAUGAUUGGGACGCUUUCCAGUCUUUUCCUGCCUCAACAAAUGCUGCUGCAUCUGAUUCAAAAGUGGAAAUUGUUGCAGAAGAAUAUACACCGGCUGAAAAUUCUCUUGUCUCCAAUUUUGAUACUAAAGAUGAUGACUUUCAAAAGUACACUGCUUCCGAAUCUUUCGACAGUGUGAAAGAGGCUGUUGCUGAAGAUAAUGAAGAGACCAGGAAAGAGGAAAUGAUAUCUGAUAACCUAGGUGACACAAAUGAGGUUGAAAAAAUCCAUGAUUCAGGAACUAACCAUCAAACCCAAGAAUACUCUGCUUCCCAAUCUUGCAACCAGGUGAAAGAGAGAAUGGGUGAAGGUCAUGGAGAGACCAGUAUAGAAGUGAUAUCUGAUACCCUUGGUGGCACAAAUGAGAUAGAAGAACAUCAUCACCAUCAAGAGGGAGGAGCAAUGUCAACCCAAGAAAAUAAAGGUCAGGCCUUGGCUGAUCUUGGACCUACUAAAGAUUCUGGAGAAUUGAGAGCAGUGAAUUUAGUGGAGGAUCAACAGUGGAGCAACGACAGCCAUGUCAAUAUAAAUGAAAUUCAGGCUUCCUCAGAUCCUUUGUCUCAUGAAAGAAUUUCUGACUCUGAAUCCUAUGGAGAAGCAGAUGGUAAAACUGAUAGUGAGGAGCAUCAAGAGAGUGGUAAACCUUCAGGUUUACAAAAAGGCCAAGAUGAAGCUGACGGAAAGUAAGGGUAGUCGUAGAGAAAUUUUGUGGAACAAACUGUUGCGUUAGGCACCACGGGCAAUCAAUUCUGUUUUGGAAAAAGAUCCAUGGUCGUAGCAGUCCUUAAUCAGAUCCCAAUUGAGUCUAUUACAUUCUGUUUCUAGAGAUGCACAAGCAUGAUGGAGGAGUGUACAAUCGUUGGGAGCUCAUUUCUACCUUUUUCUCUUGAGUAAUCUGUAUGUCGUAUUUCAGAUCAGCAUGCGCCGGGAUAUCCUAUUCUUUUCCUUAGACUGCAAAAAGUUUAGAAUUCUUGAAUUGCCCAUAUUUUGGUAUCAUAAGAAAAGAAAUCCCCAUAUUUAAGUUAGUAA